AUGGGCGAGAUCACUCAUGCAAAACCCGUAACUGUGAGCUUACAGGAGCUGCGAGCAGGCACUGUUUCCUUCGAGGCCUUAGCAGAGGCGUUUGGCCCUGAAUCGUUGGGGAUUAUUGUUGUGAAAGAUCUCCCCGCAGAAUUUAAGAGUCUGCGAUCUCAGGCACUUUCUAAUGCAUCAUACAUUGCAUCGUUGCCAUCGGAGCAAUUGGAAUCUCUCACUUCAGCUGAAUCCAAAUAUCUUGUUGGCUGGUCCUGUGGGAAAGAAACACUCCGCUCUGGCCAUUUUGAUACGCUGAAGGGAUCAUAUUAUAUCAACUGUGCCUUUUAUCAAAAUCCGGACCUGCAAAAUGCUCCUGCAAGCGAGUUCCCCGACUUCCCGCAAUAUACGGCCCCUAAUAUCUGGCCCCCUGCCGAGAAGCUGCCAAAUUUCCGGCCAAGCUUGACCGAAUUAUGCACGUUAAUCAUUGACACCGCAGCUCUUGUUGCAAGGGCCUGUGAUCGAUAUGCUCUAGCAAAUAUUGAAGGAUAUAAAAAUGGAUACUUGGAACAUGUGGUGAAGACUAGUCUUACAACGAAAGCUCGACUUUUGCAUUAUUUCCCUGCCCCAGAGGCGGAUGCCAACGGCAAAGAGACGGACGAUGAUGACUGGUGCGCUACACAUGUUGAUCACGGUUGUCUUACGGGCCUUACAUCGGCAAUGUUUGUGGAUGAGGCAGUGAAUAAACCCGAGCAGUCGGCGGAUUUGGCUCCUUUGCCUGAACUCCCUACAUCUCCAGACCCAAAGGCUGGCUUAUACAUACGAUCUAGGACUGGUGAGGUAGUUAAAGUCAAUAUCCCGAAAGACUGCAUUGCGUUCCAGACGGGGGAAGCUCUGGAGCUGAUCACACAGGGCAAGUUCAAGGCCGUGCCGCACUUUGUCAAGGGUGCAAAGACGGGAGGUAAAAUCGCAAGGAAUACGCUGGCUGUAUUCACCCAGCCAAAUCUAUCUGAAGAGGUUGCGGCUGGGAAGACCUUCGCAGACUUCGCCCGUGAGGUCGUGGAAAGGAAUCAUUAA